AUGAAUCAGGAAAAAUACAGGGUUGUAAUUGUUAGACUCCGCCCCAUGCAUUUCCAUAUUUCCUCAGUGAACAUUUUCCUUGCGGACGCUACGGGAGCGACGCCGACGCGCCGUCUCGACCGCGCUAUUUCUGGCUGCGCCCGCCCAGCCAAGUUUAUUGACACGACUUACCGCUCACUAUACUGCACCCGGAUUUUACUGCCAAUACCUCACAGGCCGAAGUGCUUCGUCACGUGUCGCUGCCUACAGUGCUCAAGUGAGAUGCUGAAAUUGUACGUCAGUCAGGAGCUACUUGGAACAACUAAACCUUGCUGUUCGAUGGUUGGUUAG